ACAAAAUGGAACUCUGCCUCUGGAUACGCAACUAUUGAUACGGCAACGAUAUCGUAGGUAAACUUACGAAAAAGUUUAUCUCCCAUGGAAGCCAUUGGCAAGGUGGACAUGUACUUUACGAUAACUUUGGACCCUCGUUCCAAGUUUGCAUUCUGCGAGAAAGCGAUAUUCCAACAGCGGUUUAUUGAUAUUGGCAAGAAGACCGUGCGUCUGGCUUGGUGGAAAUUUCGACCUGUUUUUCCUUCUCCAACGGACUCUGCGCAGUUACUAUUUCAACAAGUGGUCGGACAGGAUGACGAUAUACACGCUAUAUUACCGAAAAGGUUUUGAUGUGCUGCAAUUUUGGAGAUGAAAGAAGCAUCAUCUCAAACCUCUCUAAGUUAGCUAGAAAACAUAUGGCUGUGUGUGCGCGACUUUAACUCCAAGCGAGUUUUCCUUUUCUCGAGCUCCAUUAAUUGUCUCACUCUACGAAAUAGGUCAAAGCCCGAAUGAUUUUGCAUCAGUAUGCUACUGUGGUCAAUGAAAAGGUUACUGGAU